GGUGACCCGAAUUAGAUGGAUGGGGUGAAUGUCCAAUCAUCUAUAACCCAAAGCAAAUCUUGGGCCUACCAGGAUCUGGCCUUUCGGGAUCGAGUGAACCAUCUCUAUGAACCCGACAUGCCGCACAGAAAGAGAAGUCAUGGUCGUAAGAAAAACAACAAGGAGAGAGGUGAUGCUUCACUACAAAAAGCCAAUGUUCCUCAGACAUCAAGGUUCCAGUCUCAGCAGGUCACACCCACCGCAACAUCUCAGGUCUCCACAGCGAAACCUGCACAAUAUGAGAAAGGACCUAUGCAAUCGUCUACAGCAGCUGUGACUGUCAAACCUGGCACCACACCUGCAGCUCCUUCAGGAGCAUCUUCUGCGGGAGCUGCAGGCGGUGGAGGCUUCACCACCACUCAGAAAGGACCUUCUCAAGUCACGCCACAGGCCACAUUCUCUAAACCCACACCUGCACCUUCCGCUAAAGUCCCAACUGUGAGCUCUGGGCCCGGACCUGCUGGAACAACAGGAGUGAAGCCCACAGACCCUCUGAAAGACAAGGCCCAGAGUACAACCGUUCCUUCAUCCAAACCGGGACCUGCUAAGGUGGAUCCGGCUCUUGGGAAGCCCUCAGCCCUGGCCAGUGCCCAAAAACAGACAAGCGCUCAAAAGGUGCAAGUGGAAGUGGGUCCUCCAGGAGCUAAAGUGGGUACGGAGGAUGUAGAUCCGUUUGAUGCCCUGUCUGGCACUUUACCAUCAUCACAACCUGUGGCUCCAAAAGUCCCAGUAUUCACUGGACCAGAGGUCAAAGAGCCAAAUGUAAAGGCAGAGAAGGGGGUUAUCUGUGGUGAGAGAGAUGACACAUUGCCGCCAGGAUACAGACAAGCAGACCUGGAAAAGAAAACACCUGCUGGAGUUCCUGAGAAGCCUAAAGAAGUUCCCAAGCCUAUAAGCACAGCCGAGGCGCUGGACUCCCUCUCAACUGGGCUUUUGUCUUCAGCUCCACCUGCUCCAAAGAAGACGGAUGUGAAAACUGAAACGGUAGGAGCAGUUGAUGUUCGUUCUGCAGGCAUCUCCAACUUUGCUCCCCCUCCACCCUCUCAGAAACAACCGGCAACAUCUCAGCCUGCUACUGUAACCAAAUCAUCCGCUCCACCAGCUGACAAGAAAGCCAGGAUCGAGAUGCCUGCACAACCCGCUAAACCAAAGACAGAUGAGGCGGACAUGUCACUGGACGCUCUCAGCACUUUGGGCGACACACUGGGCGCUCCAGAACCACCCAAAAAAUUACCUGAACUCAAACCCGGGCAGAUAGUUGAUGAGAAGAAACAGACAUCAGAGAAGGGUGUUCUUGUUGGGGAGAGAGAAGACACGCUCCCACCAGAUUACAGAUUCUCAGAGGAAGAGCUCAUGAAACAUCCUCCUCCUAAGAAAGAGCCCUCAAUAAACAGCGACGAUGCACUGGACUUUCUUUCUGGAGGUUUCACGGAGCCCACAGCAGCACCGGUGGUUAAGGCCCCUGUUCCUCCUUCACAGGAAAGGAAGAAGCCUGAAGCGGCUCCUGAAAAGACUAAAGAUGUUCCUAAGGAAACAAAGAAACCUGCUGGGGUUCCUGAGAAAACUAAAGAUGUUCCCAAGGAAACAAAGAAACCUGCUGGGGUUCCUGAGAAAACUAAAGAUGUUUCCAAGCUUAAAGUGGAUAAAUUAUCAGCACUGGAUACUCUGGCAGGUGAUUUUGUGGCUCCUGCAAAGUCUGCGCCUAAGGUUUCUUCGGGUGCUCCUAAAGCUGUCCCUCCAGGCCCUCCACAACCACCACAGGCAGAUGAGGACGCUCUCAGCGCUCUGGGUGACACACUGGGUAAACCAGAGCCACCCAAAAAAGAACCUGAACUCAAACCCAAGGACAUCGUUCAUGAGGAGGAUGUGACAUCAAAAAAGGGAGUUCGUGUUGGAGAGAGAGACGACACGCUCCCACCAGAUUACAGAUUCUCAGAGGAAGACCUCAUGAAAUAUCCUCCUCCUGAGAAAGAUCCCUCCUUAGACUCUACUGAAGCUCUGGACUUUCUGUCUGGCGGUUUUACAACUCCUCCUGCGUCAUCGGCUGCCAAAACCCCCGUUUGUCCUGCCUAUAAGUCUCCUGCUAAGCCUUCAGAUUCUGCUUCCGAUUUUGCUUUAGAUGCUCUUGCAGGUGAUUUUGUCGCUCCUUCUUCUGCAUCUAAUGUUCAGUCUGCCAUCUCUGGCCCCCCACACGCUGGCAGACAGAUGUCUGAAGGUACCUCAUCAGCUUUGGAUGCCCUCUCAGACACUUUAGCAGACAUUAAAGGAGCCCCUGAGCCUGCCCCUGUCCCACCUAAAGCUGUCGUUAAGGAAAAGAAUAUAGUGGAGGAAAGAGUGAGUAAACCAGGUGAGAGAGACGACACCCUUCCACCUGAUCAUCGGUUCACAGAGGAAAAGCGCAAGGCAUUUGAAGCAACAAAGCAAAAAGACGUCAAACCAAAGCAGACAUCAAUCGAUGACACAGCGGCCCUUGACAUGCUGUCUAGUGAUUUUUCUGCAGUACAGCCCGUUAAGCCCUCAGCACCUGACGCCCAACGCUUCAUCCCUGAACCACAACCGCCAACAUUUAAGGCAUCAGGUAAAGUUUUCGACGAGCUGGCGGAAAAAGCGAUUCCCAACCUGACUGACCCCAAAGCUAAAGACAGCAAACCAAAGAAACAGGCAGUAGAAGAUUCAUCAGCCACAGAGAAGCUGCCCGGUAAACCGAGCUCAGAUGUGGUGCCUUCAUCUUCCUCAAAGAGCGGAAACAGAUAGAUCGCACAUUUAUGGUGCGUCUCCUCAUCCCUGACACAAGAAACCAUUAAAGGGAGCUGCUCAGACAAGAAAUAUAUUUUAUGGUGGACAUGGCAUAAAACAAAAAAAUUAUAACUGCACAGAGACACUUAAACAUGUAUUUUCAGAGCCCCCCCUUCUCUUCUUUUCUUCUAAAGCAAAAAUAAAUAUAACAAUCUUUUAUCUCCUUGUGAAUGAUAGAACAUGUAUAUACGGAUAGGAUGUUUACAUCAAGCACAUGUAUAAUUGUUCUAUUUUCAGUCAUCUGUUUUUGGUGUGGCGUUGUGUUAUAAUUUCUCCCACAGUAAAAAAAAUAUUAUGCCAUAUACUAUUUUUUUUUUUCUUUUUUUAAUCUUUACUGGGGGUCUCUCUACAGUCUUCCUGUUCGCAGAGAUGACAGUCUGUUGCUGUUUGAGGAUCUAUUGAGACACUAGUGUACAGAGAUGCCGUAGGUUAUGAGUUCAUCGUUUACAGUACAGGAAUUGCAGUAGAUGACCAUGAUUUUGAAUGCUGUUGAAUGUCUGUAUAAUGAUACAAGUCAAAAAAAAAAAAGGUUUGUAUGGGAGGUGAUUUUCUUUGUAGUUUGUUUCCUGAAGUGCACUUACAAGGAUGCUCUCGAAAAUAACUGUAAAAUAAUAUUGCAAACACUAAAUGCCCCACGUGCCUGUUUUAUCACAAAAGCCUUGGAAAAUAAUUUGGACAACUUCAUGUUGCACUGUUAAAGUGUUUUCCACUUAAUUUUUUUUUCUAGCGUAAGCUCAAGGUUUUACAUGUAUUUUCAGAACCACUAGUAAGUUGACAGGUGUUGCAUUGGAUGUGGUGGGCAAAGUCAGAAUCUUUCACUUUCAGUUUAACUCACUUGUGUUGGUUUAAGGGCGACCACAACAUUGCCGUUUUGCUUAACAUCAGGGCUCACUCUUUAAUGCUUUAAAAUGUUCAAAUAGCUUUCAUAGCUGAUGAUAGAAACCAAAAUAUGACCUUUAAACCCAACAGUGUCUUUCAUAUUUGUUGCUCAUGAAAUGUUGAACAGAUCCAGAUGGGUUUUCCUAGAGCGUUCUAAGAUGUUGUGUACUAGUCAUUAUGACAGGACGGUAUUUUCAAGAAGGGAUUUUUACUCUUAAAAAAUAAAACAACUUGUUUUGUUAGUUUGGAUUGUUCUGUUCUUAAAAUCUUUAUGCAAAUAAAGAUGUAAUGACGA